GAACUUUAGGGUACAGAUAUUGCCGUGCGGAUUUAUUGAUUACUAAAGAAAUGGAAGAAAUACUACUUCAGGAGUAAAUGUGGAAGGAAUAGAAAUACCGGCACAAUUGAGGAUUACCUGGGGUAUGUGUGUUCCCGAUACGUGUUCCGGAAGUGACGUAUAUGGACUUUUGAAAUUAGAUGCUUUAGAAAGCGCCAAGAUGAUGGUAAGGCAAGCAGACUGUAUGGUGGAGUCAGACAUAACACACGACCUGGCGGCGUUCUUAACUUUGAUCCUUCUCGGCGCUUUUGUAGUUCUUGUGUUAUGUUCAACUAUCUUUGUAUUUUUGGAAAACCGUAGUGUUUUUAGUGACAAUAAGGAAACUGUCAAUUUGGAGAGUGCUUCAAACAAUCCUGUGAUGAAAGAAUUUAAGAUUGGGGACGACAAUUCCGUGAAAACAAAUGAAGGUAUCAUCCCUGUUCAGUCCUUGGGGUGUGAUAAAUCUGUUUCUCACUUAACACCCCAAAACGGUGGGGAACACCAAACCGAUGUUUCAAAAGACGCAAACAGUACCGGAGAUGGAUUACCAAACUUACCACACAGUGUUGAGCAACCAAGAAAGAUGAAAUAUGGCGUACUAAGCAAGAUCGCUAAGGCAUUCGCUUUACAACUAAACAUCCCGAAGAUAGUUAGUGGAAAGACUGGACCUAACUCAAUCGGGUGUAUCCAUGGUAUCAGGUUCUUCACCAUUACAUGGGUUAUGCUUUGUCACACUUACGUUUAUCUGGUGAUGACAUUCCCCAACGUCUGGUCAUUAGAAAACCCUCUAAACUACAUCGAAAUGACACACAACUUUUCGUUCCAAAUUAUACUCGGUGGUACCUCUGCAGUGGACACAUUUUUCAUGCUGAGCGGGAUGAUGCUGUCCUAUACUCAGCUGAAGAACUUGCAGACGCUAAAAACCAAACUAACUGGACGGAAUGUCGGCGGCUAUGUCUUCCAUUACUUCUUCCACAGGCUUUGGAGGUUGACACCGAUCUACAUGAUAACAAUCCUUAUGUUCGCAACAGUAUCUGAGUACAUGAAAAGCGGCCCCCUAAUGCCAACUUCCUUUCCAUAUAUAGAAAACUGCAAGGAGUCUUGGUGGACAAAUCUACUAUAUGUCAACAACCUCGUCAUGACGGAUAAACCGUGUGGGGGAUGGAGUUGGUACUUGGCAAAUGACAUGCAGUUUUAUACCGUAUCCCUACUUAUCCUUUUUAUGAUGAUUUUCAAAAUGCCUGUAGCAAUCCUUACAUCCUUGACGCUCAUGGCUGGAGGGAUGGCUUAUACUGUAUACAAACAAUAUCACACCAAAGGAUCCUUAAUUUCGGGCGCUUCUUCGUUCCAAGAAUACUGGUCAAAUAUCUACAUUGCGCCCUGGUGCCGUAUUGCGGCUUUUUUAGUUGGGUUACUAUUCGGCAUCGUCAUGAACAAACGACCAAGGAAGUCAUUCAGCAAGAUUCUAAAUUUUGCGGGGUGGACCACCGCAACAGCCGUCGCCUUGACGUUGAAGUACUCUCUGUAUGACUUCAAUAGAAAAGGAGGCGAGCCUUGGACCAGAUGGCAGAAUGCAUUUUACGAGGCGUUUGACCGACCUGUGUGGGCGCUCUGUGUCGCUUGGGUUAUCUUUUCCUGCCACAACCACAUGGGAGGUCCCGUCAACUCGAUCCUGUCAUGGAAAGGAUUGGUACCUCUUUCCCGUAUUUCCUAUGCCACCUACUUGGUCCAUUACCUAAUCAUGGCUACAAAGAAUAACACCAAUUAUGAUGUCUUUCAUUAUACAGUGUACAACAUGAUCUAUCUUUUCCUUGGAAACACCGUUUUCAGCUUCAUGGCAGCGUUUGUGACGUCAUUGAUAUUUGAAGCUCCUUUCAUCGCUCUUGGCAAAUUAAUACUGUGAAGUGUGCUUCUACAUAAUGUAUGUGGUAGCCAAUGUGUUAAACUUCUUAGUUAUGACUUACCUAUUCACUCAGUUCUAUUUAGUAACCUUAUUCCAAUUUUCCGUUUUCUAUACAUGUUAUAGUUUAAAUGUGUGAUUUCUAAAACGAUAUUACAAAGCAUAAAAUUAUUUUAUCUCAAAAUGUUAUUUUGCAAAAUACGAAGUAAUAAUAUAGCUGAAUACAUAGGGAAAACACUUAAACGUGUGUGGAUGUGUCCAUCUGAUAUCCUAGAGUGCAUUGCGCGUUUGGAUAUUUUCACGAUAGCUGUAGCCCGCGUGCAAGAUAUCUAUUCGCAUAAUAAACGAUUCAGA